UUUCCAAAAGACAACACCUGAGCAAGAUUCCAGAGAUAAAUCAGGGUGUUGUUCCUGGUACUGGAGAGGAAGUCCAAUAAUUGGUGCUGCAGUCUCUCGUCCUGAAGCAGAGCAUGGAUGAGUCUCUCCAGAAGCUUUUCCUCCGGUUGCUUCGCGUUUAGGACAACAGAUUCCUGUUCAUCCUCCUUUUGUCCAGGCGACCUGCUCGCUGUGUCUGAUGCAAAAUUCCAUUAAGUGUGUGGUGGUGGGGGAUGGGGCUGUGGGUAAAACAUGUCUGCUCAUCAGCUACACCACCAAUGCCUUCCCAGGAGAAUACAUCCCCACAGUAUUUGAUAAUUAUUCUGCCAGUAUGCUACUGGAUGGGAAACCAGUGUCCCUGGGUCUGUGGGACACAGCAGGACAGGAGGACUACGACAGACUCAGACCUCUGUCCUACCCUCAGACGGAUGUGUUCCUGGUCUGCUUUUCAGUGGUCAGUCCAGCUUCUUAUGAAAACGUCCGUACCAAGUGGAGUGUGGAGCUGAAGCACCACUGCCCCAACACCCCCAUGAUCCUGGUGGGCACCAAGUCUGACCUGAGGGACGACAAGGACAUGAUUGAAAAGCUGAAGGAGAAGGACCUCUGUCCCGUCACCUACCCCGAGGGUUUGGCCUUGACCAAGGAAAUAGGUGCGAUGAAAUACCUGGAGUGCUCGGCUCUGACGCAGCGCGGCCUCAAGACCGUGUUUGACGAAGCCGUCAGGGUGGUGAUGUGUUCUGUGACCGCUCCCAACCAGAAGGUCAAGAAGAAGUGCGAUGUGCUCCUGCUUUGCUUUUCCCUCACCAGUCCAUCAUCUUUUGAAAAUGUGCGGAGCAAGUGGACCGGAGAGGUCAGAGAUCACUGCCCCGGAGUGCCAGUCGUCCUGGUGGGCACCAUGUUGGACCUCAGAGACGACAAAGACAGGAUAGAAAAGCUGAAAAAGGAGCAUCUCUCUCCCAUCACCUAUGACCAGGGCCUGGCCAUGGCUGAAGAAAUAGGUGCGGUGACAUACCUGGAGUGUUCGGCUCUGACUGAGCACGGCCUUCAGGCUGUGAUUGAGGAAACCGCCAGGGUGGGCCUGAACGCCAAACCCGCUAAAAAACCGGAGCCAAGCUGCAGCCUGUCAUAAUGCAGAUGAUUCCUUUUAUAUGUUCAUGAUUUUAAAAACAGGGAUGUUGUCGCUGAGGCCAGCAGAGCGGAUUAAUGACAGCGGACGUUCUGGAACUCCUGAAGUGAAGUGGAGAGAAAUUUUAAACCACCUGUGCUUUAUGUUUACUAAAGAUUCUUUUAUUCCAUCCAUUGACCUACAGUCACUUUUUUAUGAAAUGAAAGUAUCAUAGUGACUGUGGAUGUGUGGCAAAGCAACAUAGGCAGCCUUACUUUACGCUCACUAUUUACUGAACAUUAAUAAAGUUACCAUGACAGCGUAUUAGCACUGAUAAAAUAUGUCAAAUAAAAAUUAAAUCAAGUCGUAGCAUUA